AUGGCUUCCCAGGAAAGGGUGGAGACGGUGACCAAAGGAACAGAGUUCUGGCGCUGCCCCAGGCCGGCCACUUACACCCCCGGGACCUGCGAGCUGCUCAGAGUGAUGAUGAAGGAAUCCAAACUGACUAACUUCCAACAGCGCCACAUCAUGGACACCAUGAAAAGAGGAGACACUCUGCCCCUACAGUGCAGCCCAACAUCCAGCCAGAGGGUCUUGCCUUCCAAACAGCCAGCCUCAGCCAUCUACCUGCCUCCCAUCCUGGCGGCCCGGCCCCACCUCCGGCCUGCCAGCUUGUGCCAAGCCAACGGGGCCUACAGCCGGGAACCAUUCAAGCCCCAAGCCACCCGAGAUCUGGACAAAGAGAAGCGAAGACUCCAAAAUAUUUUUGCCACUGGGAAGGACUCAGAGGAAUGGAAAAGAAAGCCCCCUCCCGUGCGACAGGAGGACUCAGCCCCCGAGCUGGACCGCUUUGAAGAAUUGGUAAAGGAAAUCCAGGAGAGGAAAGAAUUCCUGGCUGGCAUGGAGGCUCUGGGACAAGGCAGACAGUACCGAGGGAUCAUCCUCACUGAGAUCUCCCAGAAACUACGGGAAAUGGAAGACAUUGACCACAAGAGGAGUGAGGACCUUAGGAAGGCUCUUGUCACCCCUUGACCUGUCUCCAGAGACAGGGGCAGGGUAGCCCAUCCUGGACCACUGGAGCCUACCCCUGGCCAAGCAGAGCCAUCACCCCCCACCCAAGUCAGCCCACCUACCCUGGCCUUCAGUCACAUCAGAUGACUAUGCAGCCCUGCCUUGGCCUAGGGGACCCUGGGCACACACGGCACUCUGGAAAAUGGACCAACCUCAGGGAAUGGGCUUGUUCUCCUCAAGACUCUGCCCAGGGGGCCUAGGUCAGCUGGGCUGCUGACCACAGUCACAGACACACACACAUAUGCACACACACACACACACACAUACAACUUCGAGUCUUUUCUCGGGGAAAGAGCCCAUACACAGUGAAGGCAAGGCCCGUAUCUCACCACCUUGGGCGUGUGUCCGAGGGCAUCCAACAGGCCUCUUCCUCCCCCUCCCCUAAUGCCCACUGUGAGUCCUCCACAUCCAGUUUUCAGACCUGCGGAAUGAAUACCACUCCUUCCUUCCUACCUGCCUUAGGACCUACUUGUCUGACUUCUCACAGCCUUAGGCAAAUGUUUAACCACUAUGAUUAAUUGGCCAGUAAGACAUAUUUAACAUAGGUCAUGACAUACACCAUUCUGUUUUCAAAAGGAUGGGCUUGUUUGUUUAAGGAGUUAGAAUUUUUUAAGUACAAAUUCCUUUUGGCUGUUUGUAUAUCUCAAGUGGAAAUGAGAACCAACACUUCUCGGACACCCCACGGCCGGGGCACUGUGUCAGGGGCUGAAUUUCACUUGGUUCAUUCUCUCAAUAAAACUGUGCAAAGACGGCUUGCUCUCCCUGUGUGAAGCCUAAGGCUCCCCAAGACACUGUCACCAAGGUCAUUCAGGAUAAGAUGUUAGUUCUCGGGCUUUCCACGAACCCCACAGCCCACAGAAACACAAGGGUGGGCGAGAGCUAGACCAAAGGAGCCUGGCUUGGGAGCUCUGAUCCCAGCCUGUGCACUGGGAGCCCGAGCAGGACCAUGGCCUCAGCUCCCACGGCUCAAGGGCGAUGCCCCGCCUCAGAGGCCUUUGGAGGCACCCGACCACACAAAGUCCUCACGUCUUCUGACAACCACAAGCCCUGCACUCUCCAGGACUCUUGUCACUUUCCUGUCCCCAUACAUCAAAACAGUUUGGAAAAUUCAACCAACACUUCCAUCUGGAGGGAUCUGUAUAAUCCUACAGGCCACAUGACCCAAGUUUCCAGUGGCUGAACAAACAUGGCCCUACAGCCUCAGACAGGUUAGCGGAAGGGGCAGCUCAAGGAAGGGCUGGCUCCAGAACGUUUCUGUGGGAAGCCUGUGUCCACGUACCCUCCA